GACUCAGUAACGUCUUUUAACGCUGGUGCAUCACUGAGUAGCAGAUCCAGACUCGAUAUGCGUUACGUUCCUCCGAUUUUUCUGAUCUGAAAGAGAAGAAAGUUCAGAUCGGAAAAACCCUACACCCCUCAUUUCUCUUCACAUUCUCUCCCCUCUCUCUUCUUGCCGCGGCAAUGGCCAGUCGAUUCUUUCUCCUUCUCUCAAUCUCAGCUCUUCUGCUCUUUAAUGGGUUCUGCUCUGAAACUGUCUCGAAAGAAUCACCGAAGAAAGAUGACGAUCUCGACGAAGAUCUGAGUUUCCUUGAAGAGGGCGACGAAAUUACCCCCAUCAAGGACCCUCAAGCAGAUCCAGACCACUUGUUCGAAGACGAUGAUGAUUUUGACAACUAUGAGGACAUUGAUGACUUCGAAACGGAUCACGAGGAGUAUCCGCCACCAGAGGUCGACGAGAAGGAUGUUGUUAUACUCAACGAGGGGAAUUUCACUGAUUUCCUGGAGAAGAAUCGGUACGUGAUGGUGGAAUUCUACGCACCUUGGUGCGGACAUUGCCAAGCACUUGCGCCUGAGUACGCCGCGGCAGCUACGGAGUUGAAGGGUCAGGCCGUGCUCGCAAAGGUGGACGCCACAGAGGAAAAUGAGCUAGCCCAGAAGUAUGAAGUGCAGGGGUUCCCAACUGUCUAUUUCUUCAUUGAUGGGGUUCACAAGCCUUAUCCCGGCCCCAGGAACAAAGAUUCUAUUGUUACUUGGAUUAAGAAGAAGAUUGGACCUGGUAUUUACAACAUAACCACUACAGAGGAUGCAGAGCGUAUAUUGAAAAAUGAGGAUAAAUUGGUUUUGGGAUUUCUUGAUUCAUUGGUGGGUCAUGAAAGUGAGGAGCUUGCUGCAGCUUCAAAACUUGAAGAUGAUGUUGACUUCUAUCAAACUGCCAGCCCAGAUAUAGCAAAGCUUUUCCACAUUGACCCCAAAGCUAAACGUCCUUCUGUCGUCCUGGUGAAGAAAGAAGCUGAGAAAAUAAGUUACUUUGAUGGUGAAUACACCAAGUCUGCAAUAGUUGAUUUUGUGUUUUCCAACAAGCUUCCCUUGGUGACCACCUUUUCUAGGGAAAGUGCUCCAUUGGUUUUUGAGAAUCCAAUUAAAAAACAGCUGUUGCUUUUUGCAACAAAAAAUGCUUCUGAGAAGGUUAUUCCAAUAUUUCAAGAGGCAGCUAAACAUUUCAAGGGAAAGCUCAUUUUCGUCUAUAUUGAAAUGGACAAUGAAGAUGUUGGAAGACCAGUUUCAGAUUACUUUGGGGUUACUGGAGAUGGUCCUCAAAUUCUUGCAUACACAGGAAACGAUGAUGCCAAAAAGUACAUACUUGAUGGUGAUGUGACCAUAGACCGUAUCAAGAUAUUUGGGGAGGAUUUCCUUGAAGACAAGCUUAAGCCUUUCUAUAAGUCUGAUCCCAUCCCAGAGACUAAUGUUGGGGAUGUGAAAAUAGUGGUUGGGAAUAACUUUGAUGAGAUCGUGUUGGAUGAAUCAAAAGAUGUUCUUCUCGAGAUCUAUGCACCAUGGUGUGGGCACUGCCAAGCACUGGAACCUAUUUACAACAAGCUUGCCAAGCAUCUGCGUGGCAUUGAUUCUCUUGUCAUAGCCAAGAUGGAUGGAACAACCAAUGAGCACCCCCGGGCUAAGUCUGAUGGCUUCCCCACACUUCUCUUUUUCCCAGCUGGAAAUAAGAGCUUUGAUCCUAUUACUGUUGACACUGAUCGAACAGUGGUUGCAUUUUAUAAAUUCCUCAAGAAACAUGCAUCGAUUCCUUUCAAGCUCCAGAAACCCGAUGCAACUCCAAAAUCAGAGGGUGCUGAUGCCAUUAAGGUUGAUAAGAGUAGCAGUUCUGAGACCGAGGCUAGCAGCAGUUCUAAAGACGUGAAAGACGAAUUGUGAGGUCUUAAUUCAUAAGAUGUAUGCGCGCUUUGUAUCAUCAGAUCAGAUAGGAAGGGCAAAACUUGUCACGUACAUAGAUGAAAAUUAAAUAGAGUAAAAUGGGGGGUGGAGGGGAUUUGAUGAUCUUCUCAGAUGUUCUUGUCUGAAAUUUUGAUUUCUUCGAGGCCUCGGACAAAUUUUCCGAAAGAAUACAAUAAAGUUCAUUUUCUUUCUUAUAUAGGACUGCUAAUAGUAUCUGUUUGUCUUGAA